GUCUUUGGCCACAGUUCCGCCUUAAAUUGAGUGUUAAAGGCACGGCCAGACUGUAACGGGGUGAGCAGGAUUCAGAGCGCUGCGAGAUACAGCUAUUACGAGCAGAAUGCCAAACUUGGGUGGUGGAAAUAAAUGUGGCGUCUGCCAGAAGACUGUGUACUUUGCUGAGGAGGUGCAGUGUGAUGGGAGGUACUUUCACAAGUCCUGUUUCCGGUGCAUGGCAUGUAAGAAGAAUCUCGACAGCACUACAUUAACUGUGCAUGCAGAAGAAAUCUAUUGUAAAAGCUGCUAUGGAAAAAAGUAUGGACCCAAAGGCUAUGGUUACGGCCAGGGUGCCGGUACUCUGAGCAUGGAUACUGGAGCAAGUGUGGGAUUAAAACCUGUGCAAGCUGCGACUCACUGCCCCACAACUAAUGUCAAUGAAUCCAAAUUUGCUCAGAAGUUUGGUGGUUCAGAUAAGUGCCCUAGAUGUGGACAGUCAGUUUAUGCUGCUGAGAAAGUUAUUGGAGCUGGCAAGGCUUGGCACAAAAAGUGCUUCCGCUGUGCAAAAUGUGGGAAGAGCCUGGAGUCUACAACACUGGCUGACAAAGAUGGCGAGAUUUAUUGCAGAAGUUGUUAUGGCAAACACUUUGGACCCAAAGGAUGUGGCUAUGGCCAAGGAGCUGGAGCACUUGCCAACACCCAGUGAAGUAUGGUGAAAAGUCUGAUCCAGAAGCAAGCAGCACUUAAUAUCUGUGUAAACCAUAGCUACAAUAUAUGUGCUGAAUUUUGAUGUUUCCUUUACAGUAGAUCAUGUAAACCACUAUUAUAAACUGCACAUUUUUCUAGAAUUUCUAUAUUGCUUGCCACAAACUGUUUAAUGUCUGUAUUAACAUCACAAUGAUUACCCUAAAUCCAAUGACUAGCAUUUUUAAGAACAAAGUGGAAAUAAAGGCUAAUCUAAUGUUAAUCCAGAAACUUUAGUGCAUUGAAUUCAAGAGUGAACAUUAGAUACAUGGGCAUUGGAUUUAGAUUUUGACUAUUAACUUUUGCCUUCUAAGUUUUUUUUUGCUGAGCACCAUUUCACAAUCAAAAUAUAGACAAAACCUUUCAAAUUGUCUUUUUACUUCAUGUUUUGACUUGUCACUGUCACUUUAUUGUUAUAGUAGUGUAGGUAAAUCUUCUAGAAAACUUGUAAUUCUCCCUUUUUAUUUUGAGGCUAGCUCGGAUCAACUCCAGGUUAAUCUGAUUUUUUUUAAUAUAACUGGUAGUUUGUACAAGUGAAGAAGGUUCCUCACCAAAUGGAGGGGGGUUUUCAUGGCUGUGGGAAGUUAAAAUAACUGAAAUUGGCAUUAGGGCCCUCUUCUGGUUUGCUGAGAAGAGGGAUUGAAGAUUUGAGUGAAGAACCCAUCUAAUUUGACUGGUGGGUUGUGAACUAUAAAAAUUUUUUAAAAACUUCUGUAAUUUUGAGCUAGCAGACCUGUUUUUUUCCAACCAGUCAUGAAUUUGUGAGCAUCUUUGUUCUCCUGCUUUCCCCCCACCCCUGUCCCCAUCCCUGUGGUCACCCUUGGGCACAAUGGGAAGAGCAUCUUGAUUUGAAACUGGAAAGGUUUCCAUUUUUGAAGUUGCAAUGAGUGACUAGUUUGAUCUGGGCAAUAGGCAUGAAUAAAUAUUGACUACUGGAAUGAGGGGAGUUGUGAAGAGUUGGCCUGAAAUAUACUAUGCAGGAAAAUGUGGACAUUUUCUAUAUGGGAUUAGCUCCUAAACACUACAUGACUUUUUACCAACCUUCAAUCUACUUAUCAGUAUUAGUCUUUUUUUCCCCAAAUAGUGACAAUGCAUAAAAUAAGUAACUGAGUGCUGAGUUUACUUGAAACUUCCACAAAAUCCACUUGCUUAGUAUUGUGCAUAACUAGUGACUAUUGUACAAUUUGCCCCACUGCUCUUAGCUGGUAGUUUAAUGAUAUUUUUUUAAAAACACUGAUACUAUCACUAAUGAGUGAACCAGUGCAUAGCUGCAAGUGUUUUCCAAAGAAUCUUUUUAAAAUCUAAGAUACAUUUGGUUAAAUUCCUUUUAUUUCCCCUUCAAGGAAACAGGUUAUAAAUCUAGUUCCACACAAAUAGAAUCAUAGUAUUCUUAUUCAUGCAAACUUUUAGCUGUAUUGUAAAUUAAACCUCAAUUGUAUCUUAUUUCCUGCAGCAAUAAUAGAAAAAUGGGUGGACAGUAUAUUUUUUUAAUCCCUGGAAGAAACUAAUUUUGAUCAGUAAUUUGGUAUACUUCCGUUGCUUGGUUGUUUAAUUUGUUUUUUUCACAUGCAUAAAAGCAGUGGGUUUUCAAGUCUCUUGAGGCUUGAGCCAACUGGAUCCCUCCCAUAGCAAAGAAAAUCUUUGGUUUAUUUAUGUCAUGGUAUUUUCAGUAUAUGUAACUAAAACUCAAAGGACCAACAUUUUCAAAGCUUUUAGUGUCAAGUUAAAUUCACAGGAUGAGAAAGACUUUGUGCAGUAUUGUGCUUUCAUCCAGAAAGGAGUUGACUAAAACUUGGCAAAUGAGAGCAUGUUAGUUAAAAGUAAUACAUGGUGAACUGGGUAAAGGUGUUUUAAACACCUGAUUCUAGUAUUAAGAAUUACUACCUAUGAAUUAAAUUAUUUGUCCAUUGCUGUACCAUGUUGGGUUAUAUUCUAAACUAUUGAAGGAGCUCAGCAGUAAGUUUUUAUGUAAAUAUCAUCAUCUCCCAAUUCAAUCCCUAGCAUCCCAAUUUUUAUUUUCAAAGUUUGAUGUUUAGGAUUUGCUGUGCAUCUGAAUAUGCAUACAUUCAUGAAGAGCACUUGACUGCUGCUGAGCCACUUCAAUGUGGGAUCAUGUCCUUGUCAUGAACUCUAACAUUCAUGAAUGACAUUACCUACACUUUGUACUCUAAUCAAUUUUUUAGUGGUUCAUCCUGGGUGGUAAUCUGGCAAUCUUGCACAAUUUCGAUUGCAUUAACAAUAUAAAUGGAUGGGGGCCAUCCUGUCAGUUUUCUGAUCUACCCCAGUUGAGCUUCUGCCCAAUUAUUUAAUACAUUAUUUUCACCAGUGCCAAGGGUUUUAGUAAUCUAAUUCCAAUGUCAAUUAACCAUAUUAAAGAUGUUGCCUUUAAACAGGAAUUGUUCUUUAAAGUAUUGGUGUCCUGUAUUUACUAUUAUGUGCUUAUGUAACCAAUUGUAAGUGACUUGCAGUCUGUUAACUAACAAACUGUUAACUAACCUUCACUGACUUUUUACGAUCUUCCAAAUUAAGUAUUAAAUAAAUGCUACUUUUUGCCUGGUGA